AUGGCGGCGGCGGCGGCGGCGGCGGGAGGCGGCGGCGGCGGCGGCGCGGGGCCCGAGAUGGUCCGCGGGCAGGUGUUCGACGUGGGCCCGCGCUACACCAACCUCUCCUACAUCGGCGAGGGCGCCUACGGCAUGGUGUGUUCUGCGUACGACAACGUCAACAAGGUCCGAGUGGCCAUCAAGAAAAUAAGCCCCUUUGAGCACCAGACCUACUGUCAGCGGACGCUGCGUGAGAUCAAGAUCUUACUGCGCUUCCGCCAUGAGAACAUCAUUGGCAUCAAUGACAUCAUCCGGGCCCCGGCCAUCGAGCAGAUGAAAGAUGUAUAUAUAGUACAGGACCUCAUGGAAACAGACCUUUACAAGCUCCUAAAGACGCAACACCUCAGCAAUGACCACAUCUGUUAUUUCCUUUAUCAGAUACUACGAGGUUUAAAAUACAUCCAUUCAGCCAACGUUCUGCACCGUGACCUCAAGCCUUCCAACCUGCUGCUCAACACCACCUGCGAUCUCAAGAUCUGUGACUUUGGCCUGGCUCGUGUUGCAGAUCCAGACCACGACCACACUGGCUUCCUGACCGAAUACGUGGCCACACGCUGGUACCGAGCACCUGAAAUUAUGCUGAAUUCCAAGGGUUACACCAAGUCCAUUGACAUCUGGUCCGUGGGCUGCAUCCUGGCAGAGAUGCUCUCCAACAGACCCAUUUUCCCUGGAAAACAUUACCUUGAUCAGCUGAACCACAUUCUUGGCAUUCUUGGAUCCCCAUCCCAAGAAGACUUGAAUUGCAUAAUAAACUUAAAAGCCAGGAACUAUUUGCUGUCUCUUCCUCACAAAAACAAGGUGCCAUGGAAUAGACUCUUCCCCAACGCUGACCCCAAAGCUCUGGACUUGUUGGAUAAGAUGUUGACAUUUAACCCUCACAAGAGGAUCGAGGUGGAGCAGGCGCUGGCCCAUCCCUACCUGGAGCAGUAUUAUGACCCGAGUGACGAGCCUGUAGCCGAAGCCCCGUUCAAGUUUGACAUGGAACUGGAUGACCUGCCCAAGGAGAAGCUGAAAGAACUGAUUUUUGAAGAGACUGCCCGAUUCCAACCUGGGUACCGAUCUUCUUAAACUUUUACAGGGGACCCUGACAUGCUCUGCAGGGACAUUCCUCUCCCACUUCCUUGGUCGUGUCCCUCUGGCCUGUCUCGGCUUCUCCACUUUUAACUCCUCGGAGCCGUUCCGAGGGGCGGCUUCUGGUAGUUGUGGCUUCUCUGCUUUUGAUGAAUUCUUUCAGCCUGAAGAAUCGUGAUUGACACUCCCGUGUGUGUUCCCCAUUGGUGACUUGUCCGAGGACACUGACUGCUCACCAUUCGUUUAGUCUCCUGCUCGCUUUCCGGUCUGAGAGAUGCAGCGGUUCCUUCCACUCCUGCACCGAUGCCAGACCCCUUCCCCGGGGACCCUCGAGUUGACGCGGUAGAUUCCAUUUCCCUGACUUGGCUUCAGUCACUGGCAUCUUGUUUUAUCCCGUUGUGUUGGAGAGAGAGCUAGAUUAGGACUGUUGAGGGCACUUUACGUCAGUGACACCCCCUCGUUUGCACUUCGACUUUGAACCAUGACUGUUUACCCCAAGCAGGAAUCACUGAAAUCAAUCUUAAUUAGAAGUCAGCCAACCUAGCAAGUGUGUCUUUCACCUUCAUCCCAGGGAUGCUCUUGGCUGCCAUUUUACUAGACCCAGCAUGGAUGGGGGGGGCUGAUUUCUUCAAGAGUGCAUGCCCUUUGUCCAGCUCCUAGGAAAUUGGGAUUUUGUUCCAGAGGCCAGAGCUGGCCAUCCCACAGCGUGUUUGUGCUGGUGUCCGGUGGCUCCCUGUCCCGUUUCUCGGGGCCCUUCCAAAGCUCAUGUUAUAUGCAGUAGUGAGUGUUUACAAAAUGUAUGCAAAAAGACCCUGUCCCCACCCCACCCCCACCCCCUGGGGCAGCUGACUGCCAUGGAUCACAGCCUGAGAGUUGAGUGAGUGUGGACUCCCGCCCUCGAGGAGGGAGCUGGGCAGCUCAGUGGGUCUGACCUUUCUUGGGGUAGGAGCAGAGGGAGGGGCGCCUGUGCCCCGAGCAAGGAAGUGCCGCUCUUCCUGCUCCUGUAGCAUGUCUGCCUCGCCUACUUGUUCCCAACCUACCCUCCCACCGUGCCGGGGCAAAACCCAGCACCAGAGUCCUCCGUCCUCAGUGACGGCCAGGAGCUUCCUCCCGAGGUCGUGGCCGUGGAAUCUCCCCGGUGUCCCAGCCCGUGCUGGGCCUCCUCUCUCCUCCCUCCGCUGCUCUCCUCUCCGUGGUGAGAAACCUGCCUUGUUCCAGAUAAUGACCGUGCCCUCGCAUGACUGUCACUGCUUUCUGUGCACAGACGACUGUCUUAAGCCCCAUGCCUAUCUAUGGAGACAAAAAAAAUCUCUCGUUACCUCUGAGUUGUUUUCCAACAAGUACCUUCGGAGAAAGAAUUCUGUUUUUAGCUUCUUGUUCCCCCUGCUUUCCUCUUCCUUGUUUGAUUUGGGCAGCAAUGGAGAAUGGAUUCUAUAAAAGACUGCCUGCUAAUAUGAACAGAAAUGCACUUGUAAUUCAUGGAAAUAAAUUUAAGUCUGAUAUCUUCACACUAA